CCACAGGUGUGACUGAAUGAUACAGGUGUGCCCAGGUGUGCCCAGGUGUGUGACUGGUACAGGUGUGUGAGGGAUCCAGGUGUGAGGGGUACAAGCUCAAGGAGUGCUCCAAGUCCAUGGACGAGAGCCGGCUGGACCGGGUAGGGCAGGUGUGACUGCCACAGGUGUGACUGGGACAGGUGUGACUGACACAGGUGUGCCCAGGUGUGAUCAGGUGUGUGACUGGUACAGGUGUGUGACUGGUACAGGUGUGUGAGGGAUCCAGGUGUGAGCGGUACAAGCUCAAGGAGUGCUCCAAGUCCAUGGACGAGAGCCGGCUGGACCGGGUAGGGACUCAGGUGUGAAUGGGACAGAUGUGCCCAGGUGUGUGAGUGACACAGGUGUGCCCAGGUGUGACUGAAUGAUACAGGUGUGCUCAGGUGUGUGACUGGUACAGGUGUGACUGAGUGACACAGGUAUGACUGAUACAGGUGUGAAUGAUACAGGUGUGCUCGGAUGAGCCCAGGUGUGCAGGGAUCCAGGUGUGCUCAGGUGUGAAUGGUGCAGAUGUGCACAGAUGUGCCCAGGUGUAGUGAUCCAGGUGUGCUCAGGUGUGUGUGGUACAGGUGUGCUGAGAUGUGCUCAGGUGUGCAAGGAUCUGGUGGACGAUGCUGGUGGAGCUCAGGUGUGCUCAGGUGUGCAGGGAUCCAGGUGUGCAGAUAUUCCAGUAUCCAGGUGUGCCCAGGUGUUCAGGGAUCCCUGGGAUGGUCCUGGUGGAGCUCAGGUGUGCAGGGAUCCAGGUGUGUGCAGGUGCCAGGAGAUGAUCCUGUGGACUCUGGUGUCCCUGGAUCCAGGUGUGCCAGGAUCUAGGUGUGCUGGGAUCCAGGUGUGCCCAGGUGUGCCGGGAUCUAGGUGUGCUGGGAUCCAGGUGUGCCCAGGUGUGCCAGGAUCUAGGUGUGCUGGGAUCCAGGUGUGCCCAGGUGCGCAGGCAUUCAGGUGUGCAGGGACACAGGUGUGCCCAGGUGCGCAGGCACUCAGGUGCGCUGGGAUCCAGGUCUGGAGAUGUUCAGGUGCACAGGGAUCCAGGUGUGCUGGGAUCCAGGUGUGCCCAGGUGUGCCAGGAUCUAGGUGUGCUGGGAUCCGGGUGUGCCCAGGUGUGCAGGGAUUCAGGUGCACAGGGACACAGGUGUGCCCAGGUGUGCCAGGAUCUAGGUGUGCUGGGAUCCAGGUGUGCCCAGGUGCGCAGGGAUUCAGGUGUGCUGGGAUCCAGGUGUGCCCAGGUGUGCAGGCAUUCAGGUGUGCAGGGACACAGGUGUGCCCAGGUGUGCCAGGAUCUAGGUGUGCUGGGAUCCAGGUCUGGAGAUGUUCAGGUGCGCAGGGAUCCAGGUGUGGAGGGAUCCAGGUGUGCCCAGGUGUGCAGGGAUCCAGAUGUGCUGGGAUCCAGGUGUGCCCAGGUGCGCAGGCUCCAGGAGAUGACCCCAUGCACCUCAGGUGAUGAUGCUGGUGGAUCUCAGGUGUGCCCAGGUGCCCCCAGGUGUGCCCUGUGGCAGGUGGGGAGUAUGAGGAGGAGAUCCAGGUGUGUCAGGCGUCCCCAGGUGCAUCAGGUGUCCCCAGGUGUCACCAGGUACCGUAGGUGUGCCCAGGUGUGCUCAGAAUUGCCUGUAGCUGGGUGUAGGUGGUACCCAGGUGUGCCCAGGUGUGCCAGAGCCCUGCAGUGUCCCUUUGGCAGGUGAAGGAGUGCGAGGAGGAGAUCCACUCACUGAAGGAGCGGCUGCACAGGCACAGGGGGUGUGACAGG